AUGUCUGACUCCAAAAUUAUUCUUCACUGGCUUAACUAUUCCCGUUCACAAAGAGUCCUUUGGUUAUUGGGAGAAUUGAAUAUUCCAUUUGAAUUAAAAGUCUACUUGAGAAAUAAGGAAUUUAGAGCUCCCAAAGAGUUGGAGAAUGUUCACCCAUUGGGAAAGUCUCCUGUCAUUGAGGUUAUUGAUAGCAAGACUGGUAAAUCUGAAAUCAUUGCUGAAACUGGUCAUAUUUUUAACUACAUCUUAUCAAACUAUGACACCACUAAUAUCUUGAUUCCCUUCAAUCGUGAUCUUCAAAGCCAAGUUGACUACUUUUUACAUUACACAGAAGGAACAUUACAACCAAAAUUGGUUGCGCUAAUGGUUCACGGAGUAGCCAAAAAGAAAGCUCCUUUCGGAGCCAGAUUCUUAAUGGGAUUGUUGAUGGGUGGUAUUGAUGAUGCAUUCUAUAUUCCAGAUUUGAAAAAGAACUUGAAAUAUUUAGAAAAUAUCAUCCACAAGCAACAUGAAAAAGGUAGUAAAUACUUUGUUGGCGAUAAACUCUCWGGUGCUGAUAUUAUUUUGGAAUUCCCUGUGAUUACCAAYAUUUUCCAAAACAAACGUGGGGCUGAACAGCUUGGUGCUGGUGACGUCGAAAAAGAGUAUCCACAUUUGAACCAAUGGGCAGAAGACAUAAAAAAGGAACCCAAAUACAUCAAGGCUCAAGAAUUGGUUGCUAAACACGAAACUGUUAAGCCUAACAUUUAG